UCAUUUUCUAAACUCUGCUCUGAUACCUUUUGAUGUUCGUUUUCCUCACAAAAUCUGGGAGUUUCGUUAAAUUUUCUCAGUCGUUGACGAAAGUUGUGGUGUCCAAAAUUUUCGGCAGGCUCGCGUAGGCUGCGGCAGAUGGUGCUCACAACUCACGUGAAUGGAGCAAAAACACAACGUUGACACAACAAACGAGUUUUGGGUUUAGGGUUUAAGUUUUGUUUUAGACGAUCUUUGAAGAUUUGGAGACUGAAUUUAUCUUGCCGUUGACCGUUUAUGUGUUGAAUUUCUUACAGACUUUUUAAGUAGGCCUUUAACAUCAUGUCUACAAUCAUUCUUGGAGGUGGAAUUGCAGGCCUCUCAGCAGCCUAUUAUCUACGUAGCGCAGCACCCACACUUGUUGAAUCAAGUUCAAGACUAGGAGGUUGGAUUCAAACAAACAGGAGACCUGGCGAAAUCCUUUUCGAACAUGGUCCUCGGACAAUCCGUCCUGCUGGCGAACAAGGAGCAAACACUUUAAACCUAAUUGAAGAUUUAGGACUAGAAGAUAAAGUAAAACCGAUUUCAAGAGACCACCCGGCAGCAAAGAACAGGUUGAUUUUUGCCAAAGGAAAAUUGCAUCCCCUUCCGAACAGCUUCUCGGGACUUUUCCAAACCAGACCUCCAUUUGAGAAGCCCCUAGCUGCGUGUGUGUGGACUGAUUUCAAAGCUGAGAGAAAAUUGUUAACAGACGAAAGUUCCUAUGACUUCAUUCGAAGACGAUUUGGGCAAGACGUGGCAGAUUACGCAAUAUCUCCGAUGCUUUGUGGAAUCUGCGCUGGAAACGCUAAAGAGAUCAGUGUCAAAAUGCUCUUCCGAGCUCUUUUCGAAGCUGAGCAGAAACACGGUUCUGUUUUUAAAGGUCUUUUAAAAGAGGCUUUUAAAAAUGACAAGAAAAAGGCACAAAUUAAGCCUCGUAAACUUGCACUCCGCGCUAAGACUGAAAAGUGGAGCAUCUACUCUUUGGAGAACGGUCUUCAAACCCUUCCUGAUGUGAUGGAGAUCAAACUGGCUGAAUCAAAUAUUGAUUUGCGAAAAAACGACCCAUGCAUCAAAAUCAAGUUUUCUGGAAAUUCUGUCUCUGUAGUUUUGAAAUCCGGUGCAACCUUGACUGGAAAAAAUAUAAUUUGCGCCCUGCCCGCAGCAAAAGUUGCGCCUCUCCUGCAAGAAGGCCACCCGGACCUGGCUAAAAAAUUGUCUGCCCAGAAGAGUGCCACUGUCGCUGUGGUCAACGUUCGAUUUAAAGGGCAGCAACUGAAAGAGCCCGGGUUUGGAUUUUUGGUGCCGCCUGUUGAACAAAAGCCUCUUCUCGGAGUGAUUUACGACAGUGUCUGUUUCCCCUGUCCAGGUGGGGAUACCGUGUUUACAGCAAUGAUGGGUGGGCACUGGUUUCAUCCUCAAUUUACAAACUGCAGCCUGCAAGACUUGACUGAUAUUGCUGUGAGAAAUAUUCAAGAAAUUUUGGGUGUAAAAGAAGAACCUGUCGAUGUAAAUCCAGUCAUACAAACGGAAUGCAUUCCUCAGUAUACUGUUGGACAUUACGAAAGACUUGAUGAAAUUGACAAUUACAUUAAAGCUAAAAAUUUGCCCUUGCAUCUCGUUGGAGCUUCUUAUCGAGGAAUCGGGAUAAAUGAUGUAAUCAUGUCUGCAAAAUUGGCUGUCGAUAAAAUCACAAAUGUUGCAUAAUAAAUUUAUGAACAUGAUAUUCUUUAACU